UCAGCGAGAACGCUUAUGUUAAGAGCGUUCAAUAGCUCUAAUUCAAAUAUGGCCUACACAAUGAAUAAGCAGGAGAAAUUAAUUGAAUUAGUUAAACAAAGACCUAUGUUAUACGAUUUACGUGAUGCUAAUAAUAAAAAUCGUAGUAGAAAAGCAAAAGCGUGGCUUGAAAUUGCGAAAGAAAUGGGCUCGAACGAUGGUUCUCUGUGGCGCUACAAAUGGAAGGGCUUGAAAGAUAAUUACACUAAGUAUAAGAAAUCUAAUCAGACGUCAACCGGGCCGGGAUAUAAAAAAUACAAAAAUUGGCCCUGGGCCGAACACAUGAAGUUUUUAGAUAAUUUCCAUACAAUGAAAUGGUCAAAGGGAAACUGGACAAGCAGCCGGCAUCAACGUGAAGAAACGUACAAUAGUAAUUCACAUAAUGUCGUUAAUGUAGAAAAUUCUACUGUUCAGGGUCUUGAGGAUUCCCACAAGUUUUUGGAAAGUGUUGGCAGUUCAAGCAUUAACAGUCAACUUCAAAGUCAUUCACAAUCUUCAGAUGAGAGAUAUGGUGUAACAGAGAAAUUGGACGGAACCGACUAUUUUUUCUUAAGUUACUCUCAAACUUUUAAGAAAUUGCCAAAUAGAAUGCAGACUACGUUGAAGUUGGAAAUAGCGACGUUGUUUGCACGUUACGAGUCGAUAUUCGAUGACGGAGAGCCUGCUGCAGGAUCCUCGCAUGCUAUAGAUCAAGAGCAUGAGAAUUGUGAUCUGGAAUCUCUAGGCGAUCCUUUGACUGAUGCUAUCAAGCUUGAAAUGCAUUGAACCUAUUUAUUUGACGACAUUUCCUAUAACUUUAACUUUGUUGAUAAAUAAUCUAUAGCAUAUUAUUAUUAAAUAUCUACCUAUAGCAUAUUAUUAUUAAAUCUCACAUGAACAAUAAUUAAAUAAUGAGCUAGUAAUCUUAUAUAGGUACUUCGAUGUUAUAUU